ACAGCACCGGCUUCACCCUUCGCCCAGUGGCCGGUCUCCUGUCGUCGCGCGACUUCCUGGCGGGGUUGGCGUUCCGCGUGUUCCACUCUACCCAGUACAUUCGCCACCCUCGGCCCCCUCUACACCCUGAGCCCGACAUCUGCCACGAGCUGCUUGGUCACGUGCCCCUCUUCGCCGACCCCGACUUCGCCCAGUUCUCCCAGGAGAUAGGGCUGGCCUCUGGUGCACCUGACGAUUAUAUCGAGAAACUUGCUACUUGUUACUUUACAGUGGAGUUCGGCCUAUGCAGACAGAACGGUCAAAUCAAGGCAUUCGGUGCCGGACUGCUGUCCUCUUUCGGCGAACUCGAAUACGGUCUAAGCGACAAACCUGAAAUCCGGCCAUUCGACCCGCCCAAGACC